GCGGUCCUGACCUCCCGCCCUCUGGGUAGCCCAAGCGGUUGGCGGGGUCCCGGACCCAUGGCGUCUCUGGGGUCGGUGACCGCGGCGCUGCGGGUGGCCGAGGCGCUGGAAACCAUCGCCAGCCGCUGCGUGGGGCCCGAGGGCGGGCAAGUGCUGUGUACGAAGGCCACCGGCGAGGUGCUGCUCAGCCGGGAUGGAGGCCGCCUCCUGGAGGCGCUGCACUUAGAGCAUCCCGUGGCCAGGAUGAUAGUGGCGUGUGUUUCCAGUCACCUUAAAAAAACAGGAGAUGGUGCUAAAACCUUUAUUAUUUUUCUUUGCCAUUUACUCAGAGGACUUCAUGCAAUCAGAGAAAAACAAAAAGAUGCAUUCACUUCUGCAAAUCUUCAGACCCAUGAAAGGCAUUGGAGAAACUGUUGUCAGUGGAAAUCUAUUUCUCAGGCUCUAUUGACAUUUCAGACACAAAUACUAGAUUGUAUCGUGGACCAGGACUUAAGCAGGCACUAUUUGUCUGUCUUUUCUUCGUCUGCUAAAGGAAGAACACUGUGCAGGCACUCUUUAGAGUCACUCCUGGAGGCGUACUUUUGUGGAAGAGUGGGAAGAAACAAUUGCAAAUUUAUUUCACAGUUGACGUGUGACUACGUUUUCAAGUGUAUGGCUUGUCAAAGGGGGAUUGAAGUAUUUGAGUUGGUGGACAACUGUUUUUUCGAGUUGACUGUUGGUGUGACAGGCCUUCCUGUUUCAGAUUCUAGAAUUGUGGAUGGCCUCGUGCUGCACCGAGACUUUUCUGUGUAUUGCCCAGCAGAUGGUGACAUAAGGAUGGUGUUGGUAACGGAAAGCCUCCAGCCUCUGUUCUCAUUGUCCGGAUCAGAGUUUAGUCUAAAUUCAGAAGCACAGUUUCAGGCAUCUCAGUGUUGGAUCAUGGAAAGGACAGAGGCAGUGAUGAAACAUUUGCAUAGUCAGAAUAUAAAACUGCUCCUGUCUAGUGUGAAGCAACCAGACCUGGUUAUUUACUGUGCAAGAUUAAAUAGCAUAUCGGUGGUGGAGUGCUUGUCAUCUGAAGAGGUUUCUCUUGUCCAGAGGAUCACUGGUCUCCUUCCAUGUGCUCUACCACAGGUCACCUCACUGUGUGAAAUUUCUGAUAUGACUUCGGUGAAAUUUUGUAAGCCCCUCAUCCUUAGAUCCAAAAGGUAUGUUCAUCUUGGCUUGAUUAGCACAUGCGCGUUUAUACCUCACUGUAUGAUCCUUUGUGGGCCGGUUUUGGGUCUUGUUCAACAACACGAGAGUGCUUUCCAUGGAGCGUCAAAGAUGCUUCGGCACUUAUUUUCUGACCUUGAUCUAAAUUACAUUAUACAAACCAAAGACCAGUGUGACCCAAGUCCUCUUACUUCUACCAGUAGCAGAGAAAGUAAUGGUAAGUAUCAGGACACAAGAGUAAAAAGCCAGAAUAAAUUGGAAAACACUCAGACAUAUUUAAAAGUAUAUUCAAAUUUGGUGGCUUCAGAUACUGAAGUAAAAACACAUAUGCCAUGGUCGGCACACAAGGAGACACCAAUAGAUACAUCUCACACAGAUGAAAUACUGAAGUGCUUGUCUCCAGAAAAAAACUGGGUAAUUGAUAACCCUGAACUGUUAAUUGAGAAUGAUUCCACUGGCAAUCCUACAGCAGAAGACACUGGAACAGAAACUUCUGAAAAUGUACAGGUCACCAAUAAUCCUGGCAAGGGGUACACGUUGCCAGUGAUAUACAAGUCACUUGACACCUCCCAGGGUUAUUGUUCAUCAACUAUCCCAGCAGGCUGUGCUCUGCCAGUGGGUGGUAACUUUGAGAUCUUGCUGCAUUAUUAUCUUCUCAACUAUGCCAAACAAUGCCGGCAGUCAGAUGAAGCCCUGGUCAGUAGGUUAAUAGCUAAUGCACUUUUAGGCAUCCCGAAAAUCCUUUACAAGUCUAAGAAAGGAAAGGACAGCUUCCCACACCUGUAUAUGCGAUCUCUCCAUGCACUGCAGACCAACCAACCUAUGGUAAGUGGUCAGUCAGGCUUGGAGCCAGUAGCUGGUAAAUACCAGUUACUAACUUCAGUUUUUCAGUGUUUGACGAAAAUACUAACCAUUGAUUUAAUAAUCAAAAUUAAGAGACAACCUCAGAAUAUCGGUGACCAAGAUUCAGAAGAUGAACUUUAACACUGUCAGUUUUUUGUUGCUCAAACUUUGAAUCUGGGACGAGGGAGAAGGUAAACCAGAGGACCUGUGGUCAAUGGCCAUAGUUCACUGGCUGGAAGGAGAGGAUGGAGUCCUGAGGCUUGUCCUGUGUCCUACACACACAUUUCAGAUGUACACACUACAUAUAGGAAAAAGCUAUAUUCAAUUCAAGCUAAAAAUCAAAACGGGCUUCUGGCUAACUUUGAAGGCAAUCCAGUAUUUACCUUAAGUGCAUUGAGUCCCAGACCAUUCAGACACAAAUAUCAGCUCUAGGGAACAAAGAUUGGGCUAAAUACGUCUCUUUCCUAUGUUAUAUAAUCUGUCUCAGGUCUGUGUUGUCUGUGUCUAAGGGAGCAUGUCUCUGUAUUUCCCCUUUCUGUAUUUUUUCCUACUUCCUUUCCUUGAACGUUCUGUAUUUCAUAGUCAUGUGAUCUCCCAACCUGAAAGUUCUUCAGAUGCUGCCCCUGUUGUUUAUAAACAUGAAUAUGAAAAUGUUAUGUUUUUUUAAAAAAUAGUUUUUCUAUGAGAAAAUUUGUAAAGCAGUAAAUAAAGUCAAAUCUCUGUAAAAGCAUAUAAAUUCA